AUGGAAAACUUAGAAAAUUUGGAAACUAUUGAAGACAGGUACUAAAAGAUCAAAAAAAUAGGAGAAGGUACAUACGGAAAAGUAUUCUAAGCGAAAGAUUUAAAAACUGAUUAAAUAGUAGCCUUAAAGAAAGUGAAGAAUGACUAUGAAGAAAUUGGUGACGAAGGUAUUCCUUCAACAGCUCUCAGAGAAAUUUCUUGCUUAAAAGCACUGGAUCAUCCUAAUGUGGUUAAAUUGGUUGACGUUGUUUACAUUAUGAAAAAGAAUAAGCUUUAUCUUGUUUUUGAAUACAUAGACUACGAUCUAAAAGCAUAUCAGAAAAAAAUUGGAAAAAUACCUGAGCAGACAGUAAAGUCGUACAUGCACCAGAUCUUAAAAGGGAUUGAGCAUUGCCAUUCUAGGAGAAUAUUUCAUAGAGAUUUGAAGCCUUAAAAUAUAUUAGUUAAUAACAAGGGUGAUAUUAAGAUUGCAGAUUUUGGCCUUGGCAAAAUAUUUGGAAUCCCUCUUAACACUAUCACUCAUGAAGUAGAAACUCUAUGGUACAGAGCUCCUGAGAUACUUUUAGGUGAUAAACUUUAUUCGCUCCCUGUUGAUGUUUGGUCUAUAGGGUGUAUAUUUGCUGAGUUGAUUAUAGGUCAUCCUCUUUUUCAUGGAGAUAGUGAAAUUGAUUAGAUUUUCAAAAUAUUUUAGUUUUUUGGCACUCCAAAAUCUUCAAAGUUAGAAGGCACUUAUAAUUUAAAAUAUUGGUCAAAUCUAUUUCCACGCUUUAAAUCCUAAAAAGAUGAAAUUUUAAAGCCAAUAAUUGAGACCGAUCCUCAAGCAGCUGAUUUGCUAGUAAAGUUAAUAGACAUUGAGCCUGCCAAGAGAAUAUCUGUGAGCCAGGCCUUAAAGCAUCCUUAUUUCGAUAAUAUCUAAUCACCAUUGAACAGCUAGAUAUUUAAUUUUUGA